AUGGCGGCUCAAGUAGCAAAUGGUGUGGCUGAAGAGACACGACCUGACCUUGCUCAGCUUUGGCAAGCAGCAGUGGAAGAGUACGAAGAGGCGACCGGGCGAAGUCUUCAGAUGGGAAGACUUGAUAGUAUGGACGCUGUCAUGAAGGGGACUGAAGGCAUUUUCAGGAAAUUUAAAACAUUUCGUGACGACACGUCUAAGGUGGCCAAAGUGCGGAGCGCGUUGAAAAAUAAUAUGUUUUUGAUACAGAAUAUCAUCGACAUUGGACAAAAUUUGGGAAAUGCUGCAUCGGCCUUCCCGCCGGCUAUGCCAGCUAGCCUGAUCUUUACGGCCUUUGGACAAGUCAUGCAGUCCUUCGCCGACGUGUCUGCUGAUUACGAUAAAAUCAUGGGAUUUCUCGAUUUCACGCAUCGCUUUUUUGAUAGGCUCUCAAUGAUUGACCAGAAAAUGCCAAACAUGCCUCCGUUUCAACGCUGUGUCAUACGUGUCUUCUCAAGUAUCCUGAAGAUUUGCUCUGUUGCGCAAAGGUAUGCCGCGGAAAAACGACUCAAGAAAUGGUUCGAGAACCUAAUGAUGGGAUCCGAUGGAGAACUGGCCGCAGCCAGUACACAGAUGGAGGAGGCCAUGAACGAGUUGAACCAAGCUCUCGGCCUGGCUACGUUUAGGACCGUUGACGCCAUGAGUGAGGUUCUUCAAAGCAUGGUUGGAAACGGCGAGUUUCUUGUCUCCAACGCCAUUCUCAUGGACAAACGAACAGCGGCUAUACAAGAUAACACGACCACGAUUAUCGAUCAGAACCAAGAACUUGCAUCUAAUCAGAAAGCGAUGGCGGAUAUACAGCAAGAGACGCUGCAAAAGUUGGGAGAGCAUUUUGGACAGGUCGAAAUUACCCCAAAGCAACUGGAAUCGUCACCGAAGCCUAUAUCAACAGUACCCUUCAGCCGUGAUCCGGAAUUCAUUAAUCGUGGAACACUACUUGACGAAGUCGACAAGAGGCUUUCUAAGUUGCGUUCUGACGAAAAGGAUACAAAUCCGAGGUCAAGAAUAGCUUUCGUUGGCCUUGGUGGCGUUGGGAAGUCCCAGCUAGCCAUUGAAUGUUCCUACCGAAUCCGCGAACAAUCACCUGACACAUGGGUUUUCUGGGUUUAUGCAAGUAAUACAGCGCGCUUCGAGCAAAGUUAUUGGGAGAUUGCCAACCGAGCUAAGAUCACUGGCCGUCACGAUCCGCAGGCCAACAUAUUCAAGCUCGUUUGUGAUUGGCUUCAAGAUGCAAAGAAUAAAAAAUGGGUUUUGAUUCUUGAUAACGUUGACGAUGAUGAUGUUCUGCAGGCACAUAUAUCUGUCAACAUGGAAACACAGGUGGACAUUGGGAACGGCGCUUUUAAGCAGCCACUUUCAGCUUUCAUUCCUCAGUGUCAACAUGGCCUACUCAUUAUGACAACUCGAAGCAGGAGUGUGGCAUCGAAAAUCGUUGACGACAGCGACAUCAUUGCCGUCAACCCGAUGGAUAAGUCACAAGCAUCGGCUCUUAUGGAGAAGAAGCUCGGGAUACAAGCAAACAAAGAGGAUAUUUCAAAGCUAAUAGAAGCACUUGAGUUCAUGCCUCUAGCAAUCGUGCAAGCGGCAGCGUACAUAAAGUGUCGAGCGCCCCGUUGUUCCAUACCUCAGUAUCUUGAAACCCUCCAGAAAACCGACCAUAAAAUGGCAAGGCUUCUAAGUUACGAGGCGGGCCAUCGCCAACGAGACUGGGAAGCAAAGAACUCUAUCCUGAUCACUUGGCAACUAUCAUUCGAUUACAUCCGAAAGAUAAGACCGUCGGCGGCAGAUCUCCUUUCCCUCAUGAGCUUUUUCGACCGGCAAGGAAUUCCGGAAGACUUACUGCAUGAUGUAAAGGCCCAAAGAGAUGCCGGCGGUAGCGAUGAUGACAGUAGCACUGAUGAAGACUCUGAUGAUGGGUUUGAAGAUGAUAUUAUGACCUUGAGAGAUUACUCGUUCAUCUCUAUGAGUCAGGAUGCCAAGGUCUUCGAAAUGCAUAGGCUAGUCCAGCUUUCCACGCGGACGUGGCUUGAGGCCUCUGGACAGAUUGAGCGCUGGAAGGAGCUUUUCAUUGACAAGCUCUACAACGGAUUUCCUUCUGGGGAUGAUGAGGACUGGGGAGGUUGCCAGUUCCUUUUCUCACACAUUAAGUCGGCGAUGUCACAACGACCCAAUUCAGAGGAAUCACUACAAAAAUGGGCUUCGCUUCUCAUCCAGGGAGUGUCCUAUGCUCUAGACAAAGGAAUCAUGAUUGAUCUCGAGCCUAUGGCAGUAAAAGCGAUGAAAGCCCGUAAAAAGGUUUUUGGCGCAGAGCAUCCUGAUACACUUUCGAGCAUGGGCAACCUAGCGGCAACAUUCUGGAGACUAGGCCGGUUUCCGGAAGCUGAAUCGCUAGGGGUACAGGUAGUGGAGACUAGCAAAAGGAUUCAUGGUGCAGAGCAUCCUGAUACCCUCACGUGGAUGAGCAACCUAGCAGCAGUAUUAUCGGACCUAGGCCGAUUGCAAGAAGCUGAGAGGCUGAAGACACAGCUGGUGGAUACAAGCAAGAGGGUGCUUGGUGAGGACCACCCUGACACUCUUGGGAGAAUGCGCAGCCUAGCGUUUGAAUUCUCGAGCUUAGGCCGAAAUCUAGAAGCUGAGGCGCUGGAGGUGCAGGUGCUCGAGGCUCAGAAGAGGGUGCUUGGCGAGGAGCAUCCCCACACGUUAAUCACCCUGAAUAACCUAGCGGUUAUGUAUUUGAACCAGGGCAGAUUUCUAGAAGCUAAGGCGCUAGAGGUACAAGUACUAGAGGCUCGAAGGAAAGUGCUUGGCGAGGAGCAUCCACACACCCUCAACACCCUAAACAACCUAGCGGUAUCAUACUGGAACCUAGGCCAAUUUUCGGAAUCUGAGGCGCUACAGACGCAGGUGCUGGAGACUCGCAAGAGAGUGCUAGGUGAGGACCAUCCUGAAACUCUUAUAAGCAUGGGCAACCUCGCUUCAACAUUGUCACAUUUGGACCGAUUACCGGAAGUUGAGGUGCUACAGAUGCAGGUGCUGGAGUCUCGGAAGAGGAUACUUGGCGAGGAACAUCCUGACACUCUUUUGAGCAUGGGAGAACAAGCGUUUACAUUAUUGAGCCUCGGCCGAUUCCAAGAAGCCCAUACGCUGCAGGUACAGGUAGUGGAAGCUUUCAAAAGAAUUCUUGGCGAGGAGCAUCCUAAGACUCUUACGAGCAUGCACAAUCUAGCGUCAAUAUAUUGGAAACUGGGCCGAUUGCCGGAAGCCGAGGCGCUGCUCGUACAGAUAUUGGAGACUCGCAAGAGGGUGCUUGGCGAGGACCAUCCUGACACUCUUACAAGCAUGGACAACCUAGCGUCAAUUUUCCGGGACCUGGGCCGAUUGCCGGAAGCAGAGGCGCUGGAGAUACAGGUGCUGCAGACUCGCAAGGCGAAGCUCGGCGAAACCCAUCCUGAUACACUGGAGAGCACAGCCGAUCUUGAAUAG